GUGAUUGAGCUCAGAAGAUAUCAGAGUGUCACCAUUGGAAGAGAAGUGUGAAAGGUUAUUGGGAAUAUUUUCCAGUUGGACUUCAGCGGACCAAACAGUCAGUGGUCGCUGCGUGUUCUUGGAAUAAGAAUAUAUCAUGGUUCUUAGCAAGCCAGUUAUCUUCAAUUCGUUUGUACGCCCUCUCCGCACUCAUGGCCCAGUACCGUUUAGAUCGAGCAUUUGGUCUUUCCAUCUGGCUCGAGUCGUUAAUUUGUGGAUUCUACUUAUGUCUUUUCUGUGUGGGUAUUUAUAUAAAUCAUGCAUUCCGCAAGGAGAAAGAUGGACAUAGCAGAAUCAUGUUUUAUGCUGGCAUAGUCGUGUUCUUCAAGGCUACCUUCCACUUGGGUAAAUGACGUGUACGAUAGGCCUCCGAAAUAAAUUUCCAUGACAUUG